AUGUCCCGCCAAGGGGAUCGCAUAGUCACCGGAGCUAUAUACCUCAGGAAUAGCGUGACGGUUUGGGACGCGGUAACCGGCCAAAAGCUUCUUACAAUCGACGACGAGAGAAAGCCGACAAGCCCUGUAGCAUUCUCCCCAGACGGUGCCGAGGUGCUGGCGGUUUGCCAGGGGGACCAAAUGGCCCUCGCUUUCGACUCGCGGACGGGCCAGCCACGCCACACCUUCGAGCUGUCAUACGUGCCCCAUCGUGUUGCAUACUCUCCGAACGGAGAUUACGUUGUUUUUGCAGAUGAUCGCGGUAGUCUCGAGGUGUAUAACGCGAAGUCUCGGACGUUCGUCGGAAAGAGCGAAGGAUUCGGGGACGAUGCGGUACUGGAGGAACUUGUUUUUUUACCCGACAGCCAGACUAUCCUGUCGCACUUCUCGAUGACCCCGGACUCUCAUGAGCCUCUCCGUCUAUGUAAUAUCCAGGAUGUAGUGCGAGUGCGAUAG